UUAGUACUAAUGCCAUCGAGGGAGAAGAAAAAGCGUAAGGAAAAAAGGGAAAGGUACUCCGGUACCAUAAACCAAAACAGUCCUCGUCAGGACUCAGAUCAGGCUGCGCAGCUGGAACAGUCUGAUAGCUAUUCUUAUCCGCACACUCAAAAUAGUCCUAUUCAGGACUUUACAUCUAAUACUGAUAACCCUUGCAUUCCAUCCAGCUCGGGCAGAUUUACGUUUUCUGAAAAGGAUAUUGAAGAUAAUGAAUUAAUUGAAGGUCUUGUGGAACCACUCACACCGUUGAGCAUCUCUUCGGAGACAUGUGUUCCUCGUAAAAUUCCUAAAACACACGACUCAUCUAUCGAGUCAAUGGAUACGAUAAGUGUGACCUCAUCUCUUGAGUCGCUUUCUGAAAUUCCACAAAUCUCAUCCAUAUCUUCUAGUAAAAAAGUUGGCCCACCAAAACGAAAAGGUGUUGGAGGGAGGCAGAAAAAAGAUAUUCAUUCGCAUAUUGAGACGGUCGAACCUACAGUUACUGGACCGAGAAAUAUUGAUUUUUCUACGUUGAACACUCUGGAAUUUGCUACGGCAAAAACUUAUGAGCCUAGCAUUUGCAGUCGAACAGUAAUGCCACUUUAUGAGAGGGAUUCUGAAAAAUUAGGCCCUCGAUUCAUUGAAACAAUGUGGAAUAACCUUUCAACAUGGCUUAAUGAUGCAUUCAUUUUUCCAUAUUUAUGCUAUCUGGCCAAAAUUUCAGGCCGAAAGACUAUUGUGGUUGAUCCACUUAUAACGGAUCCUACUGUUCAGCAAAACAAGAACGUGAAGUCGAAGUUCUGA